AGUUAGGUAACAUUUAACAAUUAUUCCUCGAGCCCGAAUGGUUCGCUCUGAGUUACUCUGAGGGCGAGAGGAAUAAUUUUUUUAGUGAAAUCCAACUAGUUGGUCAAAAGUAUUGAGACAAAACAACUUUAGCUAGCAAAGCGCGAUUCAGCCGCCAUUGUUUUGGUUUUCAAAGCCGGCGCUUUUCGCUACUAGUGGUCUACAACAUAUAGCCUAGUAGCAGCUCAACCAAUCAGAACACAGCAUUGACCACUAGUUGGAUUUUACUAAAAUCAUAUCGCCGAUGGAGAGACCCUUCCUUUUAUAUAUGGUGUACUUGCGGGCGACAAAAUAAGCAAGCCAGAGAGAAAGGAGGGUGGGGAAACUUCGAAACAGCGAAUUGGUUUGAAUAGGUUGAAUUUUGGUCAGAAAACGCGCCAUACUUGCCUGGUGCUUCACGAGUGUUUCCUGUUUAAUCAAAGGUGGUUUUUGUUUUCACAUGCAAGUUUGCAGAAAGCAACAGAAGAUCCUACUCAGCGCACUUCCUUUCUUUUUGCCUAGAAACUCUAUGGUUUCAACUCAUGAUACUUUUCCUCUCUUUUAGACACUGGAGAUCACUCAGGAACCUAGCCACAUCUCUCGUAAGCAGUAUCAAAUCUAUCGUGAGCCUGAUUUUCUUACUAUUUCUGUUUAUCCUGAUUGCCGCUCUCCUUGGCAUGCAGAUCUUUGGUGGCAAGUAAGUAGAUUCGUUGAAGGUGUUGCGAUUUUCAAUAGACUUUUCCUCUUUGCACGAAACUGGAAAACGUCAUUCCAUCCACAGCAGACGUAGACAAUCCAAUGAACCAAUUAGAAAGCGAAGCAAAGGUAUCUAGCUGGCGCUAAGCCCGGUUAUUGGUUCUACUUUGACUCCUGAUUGGUUGAGAACUGGGGCAAGAAUCUUUUUUUAACCAAUCAGGCCGUGUGGCUGCAAAGUACAGAUCCAAAAGAAACUUUACAACCCAAUUGGAAACUUUUUAUGUUAUUAUUUCGCCUGCCCCGUCAGCAGAAAUUAGCUGCAUUAUUUUUCAGCGAUACUCUCUGCAUCAAUAAACAAUAUAUGGUGUAAUUCCAUUGCAUUCUGGUAUUUUAAAAAUGUUCUCAAGAUUUUAACUGAGACUUAUUGAAACGUUUUCAAGUACAGGCCAUUCAUUUAAAAAAAAGUGUAAUGGUCUAUGAUUUUUUUUUCUUACUGGUGUUGACACGCUGUUUGACAAAUAGAGUUUUAAACCCUUGACAGCCUUAACAGCCUUGACUAGAACAUUAUUAAUCUGUUUAAAUCUGUUUAAAAGAAACACCAUCUAAACAGAUUUGGACGCCCACUUGGUCUCUUAAACCGCGCUUAAAUUAGACUCUGUAAAUAACCAGCCCAAGUUUUAUUCAUGUUUAAUCUGGAUUGCAUAUUCUUCUUAGAUUCAUAGAAAAAAAUAAGGCUCCACCAAGAACGAACUUUGAUGAUUUCCAGAACGCCAUGCUUGCUGUGUUUCAGGUAGGUGAAGACAGCGACGAGGCAGUUAGUGAACGGUUGCUACCAGUUUCAAGACACUUAAGUGGGUCACAACCCAGUUUCGAGCAGGGGCCUUUCGGUCGCCUAUCUCUCUCCCUUACCACUUCAAUAUCACAGCCAACCUGCUAAAAUUCGGAAAAAUUUCUAAGUAUAUGUUCACAUAAAAGGUCUUUUAUAACUGAUACAUUUAUAAAAUGUGACCUUAGCCCUUUCCCUUGCUUCAAUUCAUCUUGGGAUUUGAUUUCGUUCUUUGUGAGACUAUUUAAAAGGUGUUAUUUCCCUUAACUUAAUUCAACUGUUUCCAGUGGCUUUAUCCAGGGAGUAGUCGUUUUUCAAAGGGGAAAUAGGCCGUGACAAGUUUCAAAUUCUCUAAACCUGGGUGACUGUUUUGUUUCUCCUUACAAAUAGAUUCUCACUGGCGAGGACUGGAAUUCCGUCAUGUACAGUGGUGUGAAUGCGCUUGGUGGACCGAAAUCAUGGGGAGGGAUUGGAGCAAGCUUGUACUUUAUACUUCUUGUUAUCUUAGGAAACUGUAUCCUUGAUCCCAUGAGUGUAUACUUACACGUGAAUAUUAUAUCUGGUACUCUUUCAUGUUAGGGGGCAUUCUGGUUGUUGUUUUUUGUGUGUGUGGGGGGGGGGUGCGGGAGGGCGUUGGAUGAUGUUGAUUUGAGAUUUGAGAAGGAAACAAAUUAGUGUAGAAAAGGUAUAAACAUAAACCAGUUAGUCCGCUAAAAAAAUAGAGGCACCUUGUUUUGGCAGUGGACUAUCGGGUAUUUGUCUUAUACAUUAUUCAUUUCAUUUUGAUUUUUAACAACCAACAAAUCCCAUAUUUUCCAUUUUUCAAAAUUUAACACACCCCGCUCCUAAUUUUAAUUCGUAAGAAACAUUCGAAAAAUCAUCCAAAUUAUUGAAUCGAAUGAAAUUUCGGCCAGAAGGGUUGAAAUAAACGAAAAACAAUGCUGUUAACUAGACUACCUCCUUUAAGAGACAAAAAUAUUGUAAGGCGCCGAACUUUUGGCUUCUAGGCGUCAUGGAUGUUUCAUGUAUUUGUCCUUAGAAUGCUUAUACUUUGGUUCUCCUAGUACUCGAUUGUUGACCGCUGUGUUAAUCAGUCUUUUAAAAGCAACCCGACAAACUGAAGGCUUAAAAAAUACAGCACAGGGCAGGGGGCCUUCUCUGAAAAGAACAUUAAAGUGAACCCGUUUCCUUAACAACACAACAGACACCCUGCUCAACGUCUUCUUGGCUAUCGCUGUCGACAACUUGGCAAACGCACAGAUAUUGACAGAGGACGAGGAGAAUGAAAAACUAGAAAGACAACGCAAACGAGAGGAAAACAAGAAGAAGUACAGUCAAAAGCCCCAAAAAGGAAAAGGAUGGGGGAAAGCUGGGGCCAAAUUACCCGUUGUCAUGGCAAUCAAUCAUUUUGUUCGAAAGAGGAAUGCACACGCAUCCACGGUAGCGGAUCCCAACAACGUUUGGUCAGUAUCUCUUUAUCAUUUUUCUUUUUUUCGAUUACUUUGUUAUUGGCUUAGACUGCGAAAUUGUUAAUUUCUUUUUCGUCAACAGACGUUUCUUCGUACGAGCCUUAAACGCCCGUUGAGGCCACAGCUCCGAUUGGCUUGGUUACCUAUACAAUCUUGACUGCUGAUAUAUGUGUUGAGUUGUUCAAGAUUCAAGAAGCCUGUUUUUUUCGCGUGCGUUACCGUCGUCCCUCUCUCCUCGCGCGCACUUCGGCCUUCUCGCGCUCGAAAAACUUCUCUCCCUUCCUUGAAAUUCGCUGAGAUUCCCAGGCUGAGAUUCAAGUGAAUUGAUUAUUCCUGUGUUAUCCCAUUUUUAAGAACGUAGAAGUUUGUGUGUGUCUCUCUGUUUAUGUUGUACUUUGCUUUAUUAAGCUUCAUUAAUCGGUAAAAACGAAUAAUAUUCCUUAUUAAAGAGGUUUGAAAAAAAUACAUAUUUUUUCAAGUUCCUGAUUUUACUGAGCAAAAGUAACGUUUUUCUCAUUUUAUUUGUAGUAUGGUGAACGGUGAAACAAUCACCAUAUCUUCGGUAAGUAUUGUGUACGUUUUUGACGCACACAGGGAUUAGUCGGCGGGCGAACGGGCAGGAGAUUGUGGAUCAAGGUAGUAAAGGGACAUGCGAAAAACUUGACUUCAUUGUACAAACGUUUAUGAGAAGAACGGAACGAACGAUUCGCAGUAGACUGUAGAAAUACAUUUCGCGAUUUCUUUAGUUUCCCAUGGCCACGCAUAAUGGUAGGCUUCAGAAAUAUAACGCCACUGAAUUUCUCAAACAAUCAGUAGUUAGAAAACCGCGAAAUUAUGACUUCCCAGUAUGCAUUCCUCCGUGCUUGACGUAGGCCGUAGAUGAAUUUACCUGGUUUAUUCCAGGGUUUUCCUGCGUCUUAAUUUUGCGUUUGUUUAAAGCAACUACUUUUGUUUAGCUUAAUUCACACAAUUUUUGAAGACUGCCCUAAAUAGUCCGUUUCCGAGGUCUAAUAACCUUCACUUUCAAAACGAGGCUAAAUGCAAAACCUUUCUUGUGAAAAUGAUCACCGUGAUUUUCACAUCAAUUGCUUCAAGCUUGCUUCACACUUAGCCUCGCUUUGAAACAGAGGCUUUGGGCAACUCAGAAAUAGCCCAUUAUCUAAUGUGUUGAGCGGGGAUAUCUUGAGGGCAUUUUUUGCAGUCGUAGAUAAUGAAGCUAGCAUUGCUUGCUCGCUUUUUUGUUUAAAAUAUUCGUCUCCCUCUGUUUUCAGUCCUUAAAGAAAAAGAUCACAACAUACAGGCGAGCAGCCAGUCAUUACGACAAAGAAGAAAGGAACGGAGCAGAGACCUUGGAGCCAGCAGAAACCCUUGGUACAAACGACGAAGGUGAUGAGGGUAAACGAAAGAUGAGGGUAAGAAGGCGAAGGAACGAAACCAAUGGACAUGCAGCAAAAGACGAGGAUAAAGAUGAAGGUUUGUGUGUGACGUGUCACAUUAUCCUGUCCACUGGUCAUCUUGAGAUUGCUCGAAUGCGUCGAUAUUUCGAAUUGCACUAUGGUACAAUUCUGGCUACUAAAAGGUUGCUUAGGAACCUGGGUCAAAAUUCGUUCCUAAAACAGUCCCAUAGUGCAGUUCGACACAACACCGACCCAGUCCCAGUUUCCACGCGUCCUUUCUUUGCUGAAUCCUUCAUUUGGGGGCUGUUUACAGUCUUCACAUGGACGGAGGAUAAUCCUAGAAGGCGGAUAAUCCUAGCGCCAUACGUUUUCUGUAUUCAGUUUACAUGCAAAAAGUUGUACGUGUCCCUAGCGCUAGGAUCUUCCUAGCUGAGAGAAGAUCCUAGCACCGUGUAAACUGCUUUUCCUGGGAAGAUCCUAGUACAAGGGAUAAACCACACAAAAAUGGCGGCCGGUCGUUUAGUGAGUAAUCUUAAAUCUUUAAUUUCUUCUUUACUGGUAACCGUAAGGACUGAAAUUUCUGCAUGUAAAUCAAACGAAACGUUAGUUCCGUCUUCUAGGAUCUUCUUGGUGCUAGGAUCUUUCUCCCUCCGUGUAAACAACCCCUUGGUCGUUGAUAAGACAUUUUGUAAAACGGAGCUUAACGCAUUGCUUCUUCUGUAUUCAAAUUUGUAAAUAGGCCUCUUAUUGUAAAUAGCUACCUCACGUAAUUUUAGGCUUUAUACUGUAUAUAAGUUUUUAGACUUCCCUUUCUUUCUCUAUUAUUUUAUUUUAUUUUAUUUUUUCCCUCGGCUUAUAAGCAUAUUUUUGCUAGAGGUCUAACAAACCUCAUCAAACCCGAGAUUGAAUAAAGCUUCUUUCAUUCAUUCAUUCAUUCUUCAUUGCUGGUAACCAACACACGUGUGACAGUGCAAAUUAUUAGAAGAAGGUCACGGUUAAGCAUGCGCAAUGGUAUUCAUUAGAACCACUAGAGAUGUGUUGGUAUCAACAGUGUACGUACCCUAACUUGACAAAUACUUUUCGUUACAUAACUGUCUCGACGUGAAUUUGUAAAGCAAGUUAAAGCGAUGGGAUUCUCCGAAACACAAAUAAAUAUAAACGAUUACGUAAGGUGUAAAGCAUAGUGUAUCGCCUGUAGAACUUUAUAAUUUCAAGUUGGAUCGGUGUUUUUUUGUUGUGUUUCUCGCAGAUGAAGACGAUCGCCCGAUAAGUGGACGGAAUUUUAUGAAAGCUCUAAAGACCGGAAGGUUUGGGAAACGGCGUCGGGCUCCACGCAGAGCCAAACCUCUUCUUAAAGUCAACACACUGUUUUUAUUCAGCCCAGAGAACCGGUGAGUGUUAGCCCCAUCAAAGGGUAUCCGCAUUCCGAAAUCCGGGAAAAUUUUGGCAGUGGGAUCCGGAAUCCUCGGCUUUUGAAUCCGGACUAUAGCUUAAGGAAUCCGGAAUCCCACUAAAGAUUGGAAUCCAGAAUCUAAGUUCCACUGCCAAAACUGGAAUCCAGUACCUGGGGUCUGGAAUCCGCGGCGUGGAAUCUGGAAUCCAAGACUGUCUUGGAUUCCUUUACAUAGGGUGAUCUAAGACAUUGCAUCGCCAGUCCAGUUCUGAGCGGUUUUCAACUGGGUCUCGUUAUCCAAAACUACACUAGUUUCUCUGGCCCGUUACUAAAAUCUUAUGUCUACAUUAUUGCGGACAGCGUUUCAAUUCGACAUGGAAAGACUAUGGCCUGGUAUGAACAGAAACAGCCCCGAUUUGGAACGAGUCUUCCACAUACAUCGCGCAUCAUGGAAGCGGUUGGCCGAGAGGGUUUUGUCGACUAAAUUCUUGUUCUCACUCUUGAAUAUUUACUUCCGUCUCAUUGGGUACCAAUCCUCGUGUCUAAUCAUUCACUUCCUGUAUGGUUCGAACUGCCAUGAUAAUAGUGGCACAGAAACGUGUCUAAUCAUAUGAAGAUCCACUUUCAUCCACUUUCAAGACCGGCGCGGGGCAGCUUCGCCCCGUUUUUUUCCACGGUUUUUAUUUGUGAACAAAAGCCCAAUUUGAUAUGGAUUCCUUUCCCCGGCGUAAGAGCUUCCUUGUACACUGUAAACAUAGUCUUAGCACCACUUGAUUAAAAACUCCGUCUCGCAGAAGAAGAACCAGUUGUCUAUUUUUAAUCAUUGACCAUUUUCACCCAGACUAUAAUGCACCAUGUUUACCCCCCCAAAUUUUACAUUAUCUUCUUGUUGUACAUAAUUUCUCCUGAGUAUUACAGUCGUUCCAAGAGAAAUCUAAGACAAUGGUUAUGCACAACGUGCAUUAUGGUCUUGGUGAAAAUGUUAAAUGGCCGAGGAGUUGAUCUCUGGACUCCUGAGAACGAAUCAACAUAGCGGUCGGAGCGUGACUCGAACUAUGGUCCUUCGGGUCAUGAGUCAACCGCAAUGACGACUUGGACAAGCUAUUCCCCGUUUGCUUUCCUGAUUUAGCAACAGGGCGGGAACGUCAGUUGACGACGGGAAAGCGCGCGGAAAGGACUAAACACGACUUGCGGUGCUCAAUUUGCCGCUCUACAAUUGGUCAAGCCAGUUGUUUGAUUUGCGCGCGCCGUCGUCAACUGACAUUCCCGUUCUGUUGCUAAAUCAGCCUAUUAUAAAGAUUUCCCGCCCAUUUUAUCGAGUUCUGACUGGUUCAUUGGAUUAUCUACGUCUGUCAUGAAUCCUUUUCUUGAUUUAAAACCACUCUUAUAUGUUAUUUACCUUUUUAUUACAGCUUUCGUCGAUUGUGUCACCGGAUUGUCAAUUUACGACAUUUUGACAAUUUUAUGUUGGUGAUUAUCAUGCUUAGUAGCAUCACCAUCGCCAUUGAAGAUCCAGUCAGUGAUGAUUCCCCGCGAAAUAGGGUAAAAUUCAAGUCACUGUUUUUUUUUUGUUGUUGUCAGGUGAUUUGCCUAAAAAUCCCAAACUUCACGGUGCGAGUCUCACUCUCUGUUUUCAGUCUCGUUCCAGACCUUUUGUUUGACUGCUCGCGCGUACUUGAAUACGCCAAAAUACGGAUUGUUUUGCAGUCUACUGAAUAACCUCAUUCCCAGGCUCUCUCUUCUUGCGAGGAAGAAGAGUGAGUCUGGGAAGGAGGGUGACCUAUUAUGGUUAGUUACGUGAGUAAUUGUAACAAUUUGGUUGAAUGAUGUCUGUUGGUAGAGCUUUAUUUGUCUUUCUUAACUAAACUGUUCCUUAUUUUCGUUGUUUAUUUUUUCGUUUCAGCAUUCUAAACACUGUAAACGUUGAGUUCAUUUGCUGAAUUUUGUUCUGUAGGUCCUGAUGUAUUUUGACCAUGUUUUCACCGCAAUAUUCGCCCUAGAAGUUAUUGUCAAGGUGAGCUAUUUACGGCGGGUUCUGGGCUUAUCUAGCCUGUGAACGCAGAUGUAUUUCCGAUCGUUGUUUCUCUCCGCCCCGAAAAGUUGCUUUUCGGUGGGGGAAGGGGGCGGGGGCCGGGGUUUUUAAGUGGGGGAGCUUAUAAGUGGGACUUUACGGUAACGAACAAUUACGGUAAACAUUGUAAAUUUGUAAACUGUAACUUCAGGGACGGAUCUAGGGGGAGGGUGCAGGGGGGUGCGCACCGCCUUCCUCCCCCCCCCGGCUGAGAUGACCGGCGGUUUUCUAAUACAACUGGUAUUCUGCGAAAAAAAAAAACUAUGUGGCUUAUUGGUGUCCAGAUCGAAUUGGAAUUUGGAAGUGUUGAUUUUUAAGGAGAGGGGAAACCGGAGUACACGGCGAAAAACCUCUCGGAGCAAAGAAGAGAACCAACAACAAACUUAACCCGCACGCCAGGAUUGGAACCCGGCGGGCCACAUUAGUGGGAGGCGAGCGCUCCCACCACUGCGCCACCCCUAUUUUAACCCGAUGUGCUGACGAUGAACUCUCUUCUCAGAUUAUAGACGUAGGUGUUAUUCUACACAAAGGAGCCUAUUUUCGUGAUUGGUGGAACGUUAUCGAUGCUCUCGUGGUGACGUUUAACCUGGCGUCCCUUAUCUUAGAGUAAGUACUUUAAAAGUGCCUAGACGGUGUAAUCGUGAUUUGAUCGGGCAAUGGCCCUUGUACAUGAUUACUUCAGACGAGCGAAUUUCAUCAGUAAGCCUCCUUCCCAUUUGCACUCUUUGUACGUGGGUAUUCUAUUCAACUGUGUCGCCUUGGGAAUUCAUUUAUGCAAAACUUCGCAACUUUACAAUAGGCCGCUUACGAGUUCCAAAAACCCUCACUUUCAAAAUGAGGCUAGGUGCACAACCUUUCUUGUGAAAAUGAGUUAUAUUUGCAUGAAAACGAAAAGUGAUAUCCAUAUCAAAGGCUGAGCGCCUACCCUCGUUUUGAAACAGAGGCCUGGGGGAACUCGGAAAUGGCCUAUUUCAAAACGAAGCUUGGUGGUGAAAUUUGCUCGGUUUACAUACAUGGUUCAUGUUAUUUCACACUAUGUACAGAAAAGGUAGACUGAUAAAAGUUUUGAAAGUUACAAAACCUUUCGAAUUCGAAUUAAAUAGAGAAAAUAAAGUACAGUCACAUAGGAUAUAGGAUUUGUGGUGUGGCCAAAGUAGCAGACACAUUCGAGUUGGCCAACACCUACUAGGGAAUAAUUAACCUUUUAAACCCCAAUAGAGUACCGAAGUGUGACGUCAUAGAAAAUGAAAUUUGUGAAAUUAUGGGAUUUGUUAAGAUAUUCUGAAAGAACAACGUCCAAGACGCCUACUCGCCAAAAAUUAGCAAUUUGGGGCAAAUUGUCUCUGAGAUAUUAGCCCAGUUAUGCUCUGACGAUUCCAUACAAAUCCUUCUAAAUUUGGCUUGGUUCAUAAGACUAGGAACCAGGUAAGAUUUAGAAGGAUUUGUAUGGAAUCGUCACAGCAUAACUGGGCUAAUAUCUCAGAGACAAUUUGCUCCGAAUUGCUAAUUUUUGGCGAGUAGGCGUCUUGGACGUUGUUCUUUCAGAAUAUCUUAACAAAUCCCAUAAUUUCGCAGAUUUCAUUUUUAUGACGUCAUCACUUCGGUACUCUAUAUCCACAUACAAAUGCUACAAACUGAGCUCUAUAAAUUUUGAGAAAGAAUUUGAUAAAAGAUCAAAGCAUUUUCUAUUUAGUGAUCAUUUCAUUAAUUCUCAUAACCUAAUCUCUUGACAAGGUAUGGAUAUCGUUAGGAGAAAAUUGGUUUUGGUCACCAUUGGGACUUAAAGGGUUAAAAAAAACUCACCGAGUUUUUUUGACAUGGAUUUGUAGGGCGUUACACUAUAGUUUCUUUAGUGGGGUGGAUUAAAAAAACUAGAAUUGGAUUACUAGUAUAAUAUUAAGUAAUGAACAUUUGAAUUUCAUAUAUUGGAAUUGGGGAAUGAAGAUCUUCCUUGCAUUUAUUUAAAAUAAUAUUAUUAUGAAAGCUUAAGAUUAAUUAAUUAAAAGAUAUAUUCAACCAGGAGCUAUGUAUUUUAAACCAUGUAUUUUAAUUACAUAGUUUGUUAAACAAAUCAAGCUAUACUCAUGGAGCGUAUCUGCUUUUUUGUUUAAGGCAUACACAACGCUCUGGAGAUGGUCGAUCUGUCAUUAAAGCACUCAGAGUGUUCCGUGUACUUCGGCCAUUUAAAGGCAUUCAUAAAAUUAAGAAACUGCAGGUAUGGUUUUGCAUUUGCUUUUGAUCUCUCGCUGUUCAUAGUAGCUGAGUUUUAAGGGAACGCAAGUCAUGUGACUAAAAUAUAGAUAGGAAGACUGUCGGAUAUUCAGGAGCAAGAGUAAUGUAGCUCAUUCUCUCUUGUCACGAGGUAUGGCCCUGAAUACCAAUCGAAAUCUCACUUUACUCGAUGAAAUCGUUCUGCUGUUAAAAAACGUGUAUACUUUUUAGACCCCGCAUUUGCUUUAACCUUGGUCCAUAUUAACUUAAAGUAUAUUUAUUAAUAGGAUAGUAUUAAUAAAUAUACUUUUGCAAUAUAGGGAGCUUUACGUAAGCGAAUGUUUGCGAAAACGCUGUCGAAAUUUAAGUCCUUUGGGAACGAGGUUGAAAACGGAGGUUUAUCGCCAUAGUGCGGACUCCAUAACCACUCUCAAGCAUGGCCCGCCUACGCAAAGCAGCACCUCUGAGGAUUGAAAUGCAACUUACCACCAGGAAACCUUUUUUUGGAAGUCCUUUAGAAGGACUAGAGUAGACGGUUAAAAACGCCGUGAAAACGCAAGAAUGGACGCGAACCUUUUGAAGCGUUUUGGUUGACAUGGAAACGGAGGUUUUCGAAAACGCUUUGGACAUCUAUUUAGUCAAGUUUAGGUAUACAAGUUUAAUUUGAACUUCGGUUCUGUUUCUUGCAGGCGGUGUUUCGUUGUAUGUGGUACUCUGUGAAGAACGUUGCUAACAUCCUGAUGAUUACAAUGUUAUUUUUGUUUAUUUUUGCCGUCAUGGGAGUGCAACUGUUUAACGGAAAGUUUCAAGAGUGUAACGAUGGGUCCAAGUUGACAAAAGACACGUGCCAGUAAGAACAGCAGAUAGACAGGAAGACAUUCACCACUUUAGAAAUGAGAAGGGGACUGGAGCCGAAAUGCGUCCCGCAAUUGUCUCUGGGAUCGUUACUGGUGACGUGCCGGUCGAAUAUUGGCCAAUUUUUUUUCCCUGUCCCUGGUAACAGCCUCAGAAGUCUAAGCGAAAUUUAACCCGUCCUAGUCUCCUUCUCGUUUCUAAAGUGACGAAUUGCAUUCACCAUCGUAGUUUCAUCAGCUUGCCCUUGUUAACAUAAAAGCUGUGCAUUACAAUAUAUAUUUAUCCAAUAUAUAUUCUCUCUAUCGUCAUAUACACCCAACUGCAAUAACGUCGUCAUGGAAGAUAAAAAAAGGGAAUUGGAAAAAGCUAAGUAGGAAUAAAUAAGGCAAGCUAACUACUUUCAGCAAUGUAGUCUGAUGAAAAAAUGAAGACGAAAACAUCGUAACCGUUGCCGGUUUACCUUCUGUCGACUCAACUGAUGUCAAAAUGGAUUGUCAUACUGCUCGGCAAAGAAUAUCCAAAAGGGAAUUUGUUUGUCUAAUUAAUUCCUAUCUGGCUUUAUUUGUUUUUGGUUUAAUAUUUUUAUAUGACAACGCUUUUGCCAUUAGGAAUAUGCGGAAAAAUAUGCGUAAAACUAAAAGUGUAAAUCUGUGAUAAAAAUUUCUGAACAAAUAUUAUUGUAAUGAAUCAAUCAAGUUGGGAAGCAAGCAGUCCAAUUUAGAUUUAAAUGUGUACAUCGAUUUGCGUUUACGCAAUUCCAUGGGUAAUUGAUUCCAACUGAAAUGAAUGCGUCUCUAUAACCAUAACGUCUUUUUUUUUGCCUCAAUUUUUUUACUGCUUGAUUUUGAAAAUGUGUAGACAAAUAAUUAUCCAUUGCGGUAGACGCUUUAUACCCGUUGGCGUGAAUUGCGAUAGCUGCCUUCUCUUUAAUCUGCAGAAAAUAAAAAGUAAAAAAAGCUUGGUUACUGCAAAUUGUCGUUUCCACACAUGAUACUCUAAACGUUUAUUUCAUCAACCUGACAACAUUUGAAAACGGAAUUCAGUCGCCUGACUCUCGUUUGGUUUUGCGUAGUCGUGGCUAACGAGUCGUUGAAAUUUUUUUGUCUAUUUCCAGAGGACAGUAUUUCAUUUUUGCCUACGAUGAAAAAUAUCAAAAGGAAGUGGUUGUUAAGGUAAGCACAUCACCUGUAAUAUUUUCACCAUUACCAUCAUCAACGUCAUCGUCAUCAUCAUCAUCAUCAUCGUCAUCAUCAAUAUCAUCAACAUCAUGUCAUCAUCGUCAUCAUCAUCAUCAUCAUCGUCAUCAUCAUCAACAUCAUGUCAUCAUCGUCAUCAUCAUCAUCAUCGUCGUCGUCGUCGUCAGCAUCAUCUUCAUCUUCAUCGUCAUCAAUUCCCAAGUGACAGCUUAAGCUUUAAGCCCUUAGUUUUGGAUUAUGUUUUGCCCUCAUUCUUGGCAGGACAUUCUCUACGUAAAGAUAAUUUCUGAAAUUUGGCUUUUAAGUGACUGAACUCGACUGAUAAUGGAUUUUCCCAUGAAUGAAGUGCUUGUUGUUAGAAAGAAAAAUCACAAUGUACUCUACUCUCCAAUUAACAAUACUCCUCAAUGUAAUAGCUUCGUUUUACUAGGAGUAACUCUACAGAGUGACGGGAAAUUUAAUGAGCAUGUAAGAACCAAGCUUGUCAAAGCAAACAAGUGUUUACACGUCCUACGAACACUAAGAAAGGAACACUACUCUCAGGCAGAGAUAGAUCACCUUUUUAUAUCUAUUGUUUUACCUAAUUUUAGCUAUGCUCUUUCAGUCUAUGGGGCAUCGGAGUCCGAUCUAACGGUUAUACAAAAUUUUUUAGACCGAUGCCAUAAACGCCGUUUUAUUUCAUUUUUUUAAAAAUUUUUAUUGUAAUGAUAUACUUUUUUAAUAUAUAUAUAUAUAUAUAUAUAUGUUGCAUAAAAAAACGGUCCUUGUAAAAAAGCGUCAUUUUUGUGUAAAAAAGCUGCUUUUUUACAAAUUGAGCGGUUGUAAAAAUACUGCUUUUUUACAAAAAUAUAUUUUGUAAAAAAACGGUCAUACUCUAAAUGUUACUGGCGAUUUCAGCUAGUGUUCAUAUUAAACUUGUUUAGCCUUUACAAGUGUUUUCUGGCUGAUUUCUCGAUCUCUAAAAUAAAACACGCAUUGUCGUACGUUACAGACCGCCUUUAUAGUCCCUAAUUCUUAUAAACAAAUCGGCUGCUGUGGUCUGCUGUUUUUAUGGCCUCACAAGUUGCUCUCUGUAUUGCAAAAUUAGACUAACAAGCGAGUGUAUGUACGCUUGUAGCUAUAGGCUAGCGUUUCCUUUUCCUUAAUUAGCCGACUGAACAUGUUCCUACAUCAUGUUGAAAGCUUAAACUUGUAACGCAGACAUGACAAUCUUGCAUGCAUCAACAUGGAUUUCAACAUAGCAUGAAUCCCGUGAUAGAAGUUUAGCGCAUCAUACAUAAUACAGGAAAUUGCCUAACAAUUGCUGUCGUUGAUUCUUGCUGGAGAUUUUAUGCUAGAAAUGGAGUUAUAAUUUAUUUAUCCACUGCUAAGAGCACCAAAGCAUUAUAGCCAAGUAUUUUGUUGACAGUUAAACCGAUCAUUGCAGCUGAUAACCUUGGGAAAAUAGAUAAAUAAUACAGAACAAUAUUCUGUACAGUUUUCGGCUUGAACAAAAGUAGCAAUGAAGGAGAGAAUAGAAGUCUUUGGUUGCUGCAAGAGAUUGUGACAGGCAUUGCUUAUAAAUAAGACAGUGAAUAACCCAGCUAUUCUAUUAUUGCCUAACAUGCAGUUACUGCCGUGCGUGACCUCAGCCGAUAAGCAUAACAAAUGAAAUUACUGCCUGUUCCUUCUUCGCAUCCAACAAUUAGAAGGUCCUGGAAAAUUGAAUGACAAAGGAAACAAGAAGAAAGAAUAAAAAGAAUAAAAAGAACGUAAAUUUUUAACGCUGUCAGCGAGUUAACAAGGGAAUUUAAAUGCCCCACAAUAAAGGGGACACGGGAACGUGAACGUGACUAGCCGCACGAAAACUACAGUUCAAUAAAUUUCGAACCGUGCUAUGGAAAACAGCCUGUCUUCGAUAAAUGAGUUUGUCAUAUGGUCUAUACGUGUAAAAUAGCAGGAUUUUUACAUAAAAAAGGCAGCUUUCUUACAAAAAUACCUUUUGUAACAAAACAGAUUUUUUACAUAAAAAGGCAGCUUUUUUACAAAAAUAUAUUUUUGUAAAAAAGCAGUAUUUUUACGACCAAGUAACUUGUAAAAAAGCAGCUUUUUUACAUAAAAAAGCAGUAUUUUUACAAGCGGCUAAUUUGUAAAAAAGCAGCUUUUUUUACAUAAAAAAGCUGCUUUUUUACAAAAAUAUAUUUUUGUAAAAAAGCAGUAUUUUUACAACCAGGUAACUUGUAAAAAAGCAGCUUUUUUAUGUAAAAAAGCUGCUUUUUUACAAAAAUAUAUUUUUGUAAAAAAGCAGUAUUUUUACAACCGCUCAAUUUGUAAAAAAGCAGCUUUUUUACAUAAAAAUGACGCUUUUUUACAAGGACCGUUUUUUCAUGCAACAUAUAUAUACAUAUUUUUAUCAUAGUUUUUUAUCUUCCGUAUUAUUGUAACAUGAGAUAUGUAGUUUUAUCUUUUGAUGAAAUAAAGAUUCAUUAUUAUUAUUAUUAUUAUUAUUAUUUGUCUGUUGUUUCCUUAAUUGCUUUAGGAAGAAACUUAAAAUGUACAUAAAAGAAAUUUGUUUUGCACGAAAUCCACAAUUGCACCCAAAAAAUCGCAAAAUGUUAGGGCAAAGAGUUUUUCAAAAUGGACAAACCCUCUUUUUGUGCAAGUCAAAAGAAUUAUCGUUUGGUUCUUUUUUUAUCCUAUUGAGAUUGUCCUGAUCUUAUGAUGAAUACAGUUAGCUUUGGGCUCCAGGUUACCUAUUCCGGAUUAUCGUUUUGAUGUUUCCCAGAGCUAAUUCACCAGAAAACAGGUUAAGGUGAAUUUUAAAAAGCAGAAUUGCAGUUCCAAGCAUUGAAUCAUGACGCACUUGUUCUUUCAGGUUAACAACCGGACUUGGGAGACAAAAAAGCUCAAUUUUGAUAAUGUGUUUGCUGCUAUGUUGACACUGUACACUUCAUCAACGGGUGAAGGCUGGCCUAGGUGAGUUGAAUACAUUAUUUCAAAGGUGGGUUUAUCAUAGUUUAAUGCUUGACAAGUUGGUACAGCGAACUCCUCAAAAAGAGGUCAACUUGUGGACUGCUAGUAGACAAGAUGCGUUACACAUUUUUCUAUUGUGUUCUCUAUUUUGACAGAAAUAACGGGCGAAAAAUAUUAAAAACAAAAAUUCUUAUCUACGUUCGGCAGAUUACUUCACCAGAUAGUCAAUUAUUUUAACAGUAUUAUCUUAAAUUUUAAGAAAGGUUAUCUCCGACGCUUGUGGAUUAUAACGGUGAUGUCCACUGACAAAAAAAUAGCGAAAAUCUUGCGUGUGGCUUGAUAUAAUGUUUGCCUGAUUUCCUAGGUCUUUACCGUCAAAAACUACAAAGCCCUUGAUCCUACUCUUGAAAUGUGCCGAAACAGUGAGAAACUGACCAAUGCUAUCUUUGUUUUUGUCCUUUUUUCAGUGCUAUGCAGAGCACCAUGGACACAACAGAGGAAGAUAUGGGUCCGAUCGUUAAUAACAGUCCAGGUUACGCCAUUUAUUACAUCAGUUUUGUAGUCGUCUUCUCCUUCUUUUUUCUUAACAUCUUCGUGGCUCUGAUCAUUCUCACCUUCCAGGAGGAGGGCGAGAGAGAAAUUGCCAGUUGCGAGUUGGAUAGGAACCAGGUAUGUCUCAAACUGCAAAGUAUAUAAAAACAUUAGCGCGCUACAUUGUUAGCUCAGGGUUCAUCUCUCGGCUACCAGUGUCUCGGGGAUAUGUCGUCAUAAUCCCCACGUAUUUGCCAUAUUGCCCUUCCCCCUCCCUCCCCCCCAAAAAAAAGCGAGUAAUUUUUUAAUCAUUUCACAUUCCCAGAAAUGUUCUCACUACUCAGUUUCUGAUCAGGCGAGCAUUUUUGUUGUUGCGGCUCUAUGGGCGUAACCACUUCUCCACCAAUUGCGUAAAGACUGGUUUGCAAAAAAUUUGCCGGAUCGUCUCAAGUUUUUGGGACGAUUCAGAUGACCCGGACGAAUAUAUAGAAGCCAGCUAGUUUAUAUACAGACUUCAGUCAGACUUCAGUUAUCUCUAGAUGAAUAUGAUCGCCCCAAUCGUGCGGAUUGUCCCACACAGCAUCAGAUAGAGGCGGUCUCCAUAUGAUCGGCUCGAUACCCUGAAAACAUGUUGAGAGGAUUCAGGACAAUUAUAUGAAAACCAGACAGACAGGAGACUCUUUGAACUACGUUGACGCGAGAAGUAAAAGGGCGAAUAUUGAGCCAAUUUGUGCUUCUCUUAACAGCGUGACUGCAUUCAAUUUGCACUAACAUCUAAGCCUGCACAGAGAUACAUGCCCAGGAACGUCAAGAGCGUUCAGUACAAGAUAUGGACCUUGGUUACAUCCAAGCCGUUUGACACGUUUAUCCUUUGCUUGAUCGCGCUAAACACGGUUGUCCUUAUGACCCAGGUAAGGCCUUAAAAGAUCACCAUUACAACAUUUUAUUUAGUAUUUUGCAACGUACAAAAGUUGGCAUUAAUUAACUUGGGUCAAAUAGGAAAAACAAGAGAUAAUAGUAAUGUAUGAGGGAUUGAUUGCGCGGUAGGUUGGGGGAGACUAUUAAGUACGGAUUACAAAGCCAAACGAAUAGCACGGUCCUGGCAUUCAAGUGGCGGGGAGUGCCCAUAGCUUACUUUGCGUUGUUUCCACUAUCUGAACGCCUAGUACAGGCUAAUAAACGACAAAAGUUGAACUUAAGUAUUCAGACUUUAAGAUGCGAAAACUCUGACAUACUUUUGCUUCUAUAAAUACGCCAAAGUGUAAGAGAGACGUCUUCUUAAAAAUUUGUAUUUACAUUAGGUAGACCUUACACCUUUGAGGGAUUCACAAAGAAGUAAUGUAAAAAAUGCCAAAUCCUGGAGGGUACCCCUCAUAAAAAAGGGUGCGCGAAUUCACGUGGGAAAAUUAGUAAGAAAACAUUAAAGGAGACCAAUCUGUUCGUGACUCGGGCAUUUUUUUUUUACCCUAAAGGAGACCUAGCUGGGCGUGGCUCGGCCUAUUUUUUACCCUUGAAGAGACCAUGCUCCAGACAGCAUGCCAGGUGAAUGCCAUGCAGAGUGACAGCCCCUGAAAAAGUUUUUGUAUAGAUUUUUCUUUACGCGCAACCCUUCCUGUCUGGGAACAGAUGUUGGCUUUAGGUCCUGAACAAGUGAUGCCAAAAUCUACAAUUCGUCCCCGUCGCUUUCAUAAUGGAAGUUACGAGUGCCAUCGGGAACUAGUCCUUAGCAAGAAUGAUGACAAGCGGUACAGUUUGGCUUCAGAAUGGAGUAAAACAGUGUAGGGGUUGUGAGGGGCAACUGGAACCCCGGUUUAAAUAAUAUUUUAAGGAUCGAACCGCUUCGAACUUAAAAAGACAAGAGCCUAAAGCAUAUUGGGUUAAGUCGGGCUCCUAAAAAGUUUUUCUUUUCUCGUGACUUUCUAUUUCUUUGUCUGCAGCACUACGACGAACCUGAGGAUUUUAAAGAGAUUCUAAUGUACCUCAACAUUUUCUUCACUGUACUUUAUAUGAUAGAAGCUGGAUUGAAAUUUAUAGCUCUCAGAUGUGUAAGUAAUGUUGUUGAUAGUGUCGAAAACGUUAUUUCCUUAACUGAUGUUUUGUAGUUGCUCUCCAUGAGAGCUUAAGUUAUUAAAAUUAAUAUUAAAUGCUUAAUUAUCCUCUCCCCUUAUGGCGCUUUUCAGGAAUUAUAAAACAAAUAAAUGGCCAAUGGAAAAUAACAAAGUUCAGAAUCCCAACUGGCCGGGGGCGAACCAUUUGGCUAUUUACAAGCGUGGCCGAGGAUUUGAGCUCGGGACUACCGUGAACAAAUCCAGCUAGCGGUCAGAGCAGGACUUGAACUCCGGGGGGGGGGUAGUUUAGGAAUUUCUGGGUGGGGAUGUGCCGCUGGGACCCUGGAACCCUUAACCUAUACCAGAGCUAGUUCAGUUGAGUUUUGCUACCCUAUACUAGAGUAAACUCCCCAAAUCCCCCUAUCCUAGAGUAGCUGUUUCCCUAGUUUAGAUAAAAUCUUCAACCAACUGAUCAGUUUCCUGAAAAAUGAUAUCCUAUUCUAGACCAAAACGCUCUGAUUUAUAUAUACCCUAUCCUAGAGUAAACUGCUUUAAAACCAUACCCAUCACAGCGGCACAUACCCAUAUAGCCCAUGUAUGGCAGUACCCCCCCCCCCCGGGACCCCGGACCUCCGGAUUACAAGUCCAGCGCUCUAACCACUCUGCCAUGCUGCCUCCCUUAAGCUUACGAUUUUUGUAUGCAUCUCUGGUUGGGCGGCCAUGAAAAUGUGGUCGGGUUAUUGGGUUGAUAUCACCCUUUCUGGGUAUUCAUUUACCUCAUAUGACUUAAAGUGAUUCCCUAGUUUUGCACUGCGCAUCUCUUACUGCGCAUAACAAGAUGGCCGCCGUAAAAAAGAGCAUGUGAAGUAAUAUUAUUAAAAUGAAGUUGACUGAAGAGAAACGCUAUUGGAAUUUUUGCUUGCUGUUGUUUCUUGCCGAGGUGAGACUCAAUGUGUUGGGAAUGUGCAUAACGUAAGCAGUACGCGUGUUGCUGAGUUCGACCUCCUCUCGGAGAACCUCGAUAGUGGAUGUUUAACUUGUGCUUACUCACUUUGAUUUUCAUUUAAACGCUUUCUUUAUCACAUUGUGUCCUAAAUGUGAUAUAUCGAUGUAAAUUCUGUAAAAACGGAUUUUUCAAUACUUUCUUCCCCCUUUCACAUACAUUCUAUUUUGAAACACGCCCCAGUCCUCUCUCAAAAAUUGGAGAAAAUGCGUUUGGUGCGCACUUUCUGCAGCUCUACUGCAAAAACGAGUACGGUGACCCCCAUUUUUUAUUUCAUGAUUUUAAUAAGGACAGUGCUUCCUUUCGAUGAGAAAAAAAUUGGCACAAAUCUAUGUUCAAUUUUUUGGCAAUUUUACUAAAUUGCACGGAUUGAGCCAUCACGGGUAGACAAGCGGGCGUCCAAUUUAAUUCUACUUUGGAGCGUAAAGUAAAAACAAGGGCAUUAAAAGGCAUUUUUCUGGUACGUAAGUGGAUAAAAAAUACAUUAAAGUCAAAUUCUGUGUGAUGCCACAUGCAUCAUCGAAAGAAUCUCUCCUUUUUGUCUAGUUUUGGGCUGCCCGCGGUUUUUGUAAAAGGGUCCUAAAUAGCCGCAUUUGUCAGCAUUGUGACGUCAAAACGAGCACGGUGACCCCCACUUUUUAGUACUUUUUUAUCAUCUUCUUGACUUGUUACAUCAGUGCACCAAGUUUUAGCUACAAUCUAUGUUAGGUUCUUUUACUAUGGAAUCGCCUUAAACGCUUACGUACUUUUAACGACUUUCAAUAAAACAGAUGAAAAAGCGUUACGGUUUGUUAGAUUUAUUACUGCUCAUUUACCAUCGGACAUGGCCAGGAAAUCUAAUGUCGUUGGUCGUGUUAGCGGAAUAUUAGAACUAUAAUGGAACUGGACUUCUGUCCUGUCCAGCAAUAGUAUUCGUAUUUGAGAGGUGGUUGUUUGCGCUGUUCAUCGCAACUUAUCUGGCUUAAGAUCUGACUUAUUUUGAAUGCUUGUCUGAUUUUGUUGAGGUUUAAAUUCGUAUUUUUUGUCAGUAAACUGUAGUUCUGACCCGUUUGUUCCACUUUCGUUUAUUUCAGAAUUAUUUUAAGGACUACUGGAAUCUUUUCGACUUUAUUGUUGUGUUGGGAGGCCUGCUGGAUGUCAUAGUCACUAUUAUUGACGAAGUGGUAAAGCCUUUAAUUUAAUAAACGAAGUAGUUAUCUUGAUUUAAAAAAAAACCGCCGACUAAUCAGUAAAAAAUAGCAAUAUUGAUCGGAGCGCAAGAGUAUGAAUUUAUUCGGCUGACACAAGUAUAGGAAAUCCGCGUUAUACAUGGAGUCAAGCGAUUAUAGAUGUUUCGCGUAAAAUUAGCAUCAGGAGUCAGACAAGAAUAUUAGAAUCACGCAAUAGUGAGGAAUUCGCGUUAUUCCAAUCACGAAAGGAUGAAAGAUUCACGAAAAAAGGGUGUCAGAGGUGAGGCAAGAAUGGGAGAUUUUCGUCAGAUUAGAAUCAGGAGUCACGCAAGUACAAGGGAAAAUUACAGUAAGACCAUAGUCAUGCUGGGUUAGGGGAAUUAGCAUGAAAUUAGUAUUAGGAGUCAAGUAAGCAUGGAAGAUUUCGCGCUACAUCAACAUCAAGUAUGUCACAAUCAUGAAAAGUGUGUUUGUUACUCUGAAAACCUUUCCUUGUUUUUUGCUUUUUUGCUUAGUACAAUUCUCACGCUGAAAAUCCAUUAGGAAUUGGAAUUGAUCCCAGUAUGUUUCGUUUGUUUCGCGCGGCGAGGCUCAUCAAACUACUUCGUCGUGGCUACACAAUAAGAAUAUUAUUGUGGACAUUUCUUCAGUCAUUUAAGGUAAUAUCUUUCAACUUUGCUUACUUUUUAAGGCUAGAAGCUACAAUCAGCUUUCUCCGUUUGUUUCCUCAGAAUCGCAGGCAGAAGUUGCCACCGCUCGUAGACACAAUGCAAUGCAGUUAUAUAAAAAUACCUAACGAUGUGAAAAAAUCCAGUGCAAUGUACUUCAAUACAAUGCAAAUCAACCUCGUUCCCAGGUUCUCUUUCCUACUCUCUCUCGCUCCGUAGGGGCGGGUAGGAGAGAACCCUGGGAACGAGGUUGAGGUAGGACGCUCUUGCACUCGUUGAUCGGCUUUUCUACUGUAAAAGGGUCCGAAUGGGAUUUAGUGUUCAGUGUUAUUUGCUUAUAGUUUUAAGUGUUUACUCUUAAGAACUGAAUGUUUACUGUUUCCGGAGAAAAUACUGUUAAGUGUUUAGGGUUUUUCGUGUAAAACAUUAUAUCUUUCACAUGUGAAUAUAACGACGGAAAUAAAGUCUAAAAUUUUCGGAUUUCUCCUCGAAAAUCUUCGGCAGUCUUCGAGGAUCCUCGGUAGUCUCAUCGGGAAAUGUCGGAAAUGGCUGAAAACUCCUUUAUAUACUGAACAAAGCAAUUUUUGCGUUUUGGGAACCGUUUUUGUUUCUUUCUAGAAAAAAUUACUGUUCAAGUGAACUUUUUACUGUUAGUGUUAAAAUGCCUAAAAAUUAACUGUUCCAUGUACAGAGCCAAAAAUCGAAGUGUUUAGUUUUAUCGAGGUGCCCCCAUUCAGGGCCUCCUAUAAAUGUUAAUUUAAAAACAAAGCAUAAAACAGACAGAAGCAGCCAAAGAGACAAAACAGUCAGUGUCAUGUUCAAACUGUCUUUAGGUGGUAAUGUUAGUUGUUGUCAUAAUUGUUUGUGCCCUUUCCAUUGCGCUGAAAUCUAAGUCAAGCAAUUAUUAACCGAAAGGUUCUUAACUAUUACAACAGGCUCUUCCUUACGUCACUCUUCUUAUUAUGUUGAUGUUCUUCAUGUAUGCCGUCAUCGGAAUGCAGGUAAAAAACUACAAUUUCAAUACACUUGUUGUCAACGAGCUACUUGAAAAUGUGAAAAAUCGUGUAAACUGCGCCAAGACAAAACUGCCGAGAGAAAACGUGGAAAUUCACAGCAAUGACCACGUGACCAGAGCGACUAAAAACAACGCGCGUGCGCAGUCUUUGCCAAAAGUUGGCGAACAAACUAAUUCGUCACUUUAGAAAACAGAAAGAAACUGGGCCGAGUUAACUCUCGCAAAGACCUGUGGGACUGUUACGAGGGACAGGGAAAAAACGAUGGCCAAUAGCUGACCGGCACGUCCCGACUAACGCUCCCACAUAUCUAAAGUUGCUUAAUCGAGAGUAUAAGCAUGACGUUUACGCAUGACGGCAAACGUGAAUUUGUACCACGUGACAAAGUUCCUUCUUUACUUGUCGUUUAUUGUUCAUUAUUUCAACCCAUAAAUUAGUGGUUUCACGCAAUUUUUUAUCCAUAAGUAUUGUUUGAGCUGUUUUUAUCUGCUCAUUUUCUGUUUUGAGAAAUCCUCAACUUGAAACUGACGUUAUCGAGCCAUAAUUUACUUUCCCCCUGCAUUGACUGUACACAUUUUAGGCCCGCGAAUGCGUUCACACUGCCAGUUUUCACAUUUCUUGCGCUUGAUCUGUGUGCAGGGGACAGAAAAGGAAUCAGUUGAGGUAUUUUCUGGAUGUUUCUCUUUUUUAAGUAAAUACAUUAAUAGUUUAUUUCUCUUCUUUUCAGCUUUUUGGGAAAAUAGCUCUUGAUCGAAACACGGAAAUCAAUGAAAACAAUAACUUCAGGAAUCUUCUAGAAGCUUUGCAAGUUCUCUUCAGGUAAGAGCCCGUGUACUGAAUGGUGCUUUUGCUGACUUCACGGUCUGGGCAUGAGAAAAAAAAUUCACACAACUCAAUAAAUAAAGUCAGGAGUCUGAGACAUUAAGAAGACUAAUAUUUAAGCAAUCUUACCAAGCUUCAGGUCUGGGCAGGUUUUCAUUAUUUAUCAGCAAAUCAGUGCCUAAGGCUGUGUGUGAUUAGCCUGCGAAAACAUCCGUUUCUCUUCGCUCUUCGUCGCUGAGGACGUUUCGCGCGAAACGUCCUCAGCGACGAAGAGCGAGGAGAAACGGAUGUUUUCGCAGGCUAGUGUGUGAUCUGAAGGAUUAUACGGCCUAGGCGGAUAACACCCUCCGAUAUCUAUGUUAUUCAUCAGAUCACUGGAAAUUCGAAAGCCGAAUACGGUCAAUAAUAGACCAUUUCCGAGUUGCUCCAAGCCUCUGUUUCAAAGCGAGGGUAAGUGCAACAGUAAAAGGUGUUCCACUCAGGCUCGUUUUGAUAGUGAGAGCUUUUGGAACUCGGAAGUAGUCUAUUGUUUUAUCAUUCAUUUAAAAUAAUUCAUACUCUAGAAUACGCUUACCUUGAUCGAUUUUACGGUCCCGUCCUCAUUUGUCUUUUCCUCUGCACAUUCAGGAUAAAAAGGGAUGCUUAGUGGAGCAUACAGUUGAACCUCUCUGCAACGGCCGUCUUGCAUUGGAGACAGAAGAAAAUUGCCAUUGUAGAGAGGUUGAAACAAAAGUCAAUCUAUGGACUGUCCGUUAGGUGGCCAUUAGUGGAGGUGCAACUGUAUAUUCUUCAAAUAGCAGUUGUCACCUGUCGAAUUGUUAUUGCUAUGAGCUUUUCAUAUAGACGCCACGUUGGUGUCCCUCCCAGAGACACCAUGGUGGCGGUCGCAAACAAUGGAAAGCAGUGUCGCUGAUUAAUUUUGCUUUGAGGAAGUAAGUCAUCACUUGGGAGGCCAUGAACACUGAAAUUAGUACUUUUUAUUAUACAAGGCUGUUCAUAUGGUAAAAACCCGAAAGGAAAGUCAUAUUUUAUCUACACGAAAAGUUUCUCGACCGCGUGCGACCUUAAUGUCGUGUGGCACGUUAGCGAAAAGAAAUUCAAACUUGCUUUGUUACAAAACAGAGAACCAUAUUGAACUAAAAAUUUACAAAAGGUCAAGCGUUAGUUAGCUCAUACAUCGGAUAAAAGUAAAAGUUCCCCGCUAGCGUGAGAAAGACCUCAACUGAAAAACCACUCCAAACCUUGCGUUUCAUAAGCGACGCAAACACAUAAGUCCUAGCGCAAGAUAAAACUUUUUCUUAUUCUUCUAUAGUCGAACCUUUACAACCGGUCACAUCUCUACAACGGCCAUUUUUUUUGGUGGACAGUCCGUGCAUUCACUCUUGUUUCAAGCUCUCUAUAAUGGCCACUUUCUUCUGUCCCCAAUAAGGCCAUUGUAAAGAGGUUCAGGUUUACUACAGACCUUUAGAUUCUAAGACGAGGACGCCAACGAUGACGAGAUUUUCUUAAUACUAUAGUGCGCAUGCGUGAACCAGCGUCAUUUUGGUGGGAAAACUUGAUAGGCAACGUUGUUUUUCAGUAAUACUACGAGAUUUGGCGAGAAUGUCGUCGUGGCGGGAACAAGUUAUAGAAUGUUAGAAGUUUUAUCAUUUUGCGAUCGGUUAAAGGCUUAACCGUGCUAACUUUUCUGCUGAGAAAACGUACAAUAAAGCUUUCCAGGGUGUCUAAAAAAACUUAAAAUUAAACCGUGUCCUCAUAGUCGUCUCCGUACUCGAAUCUAAGGAGAAAACGAACACCAGCGCAAUCACACCUUGUUAGCCUUAUGCUGGUGUUUGUGUUUGCGUUGCCCGUAAAAACCAGUCUUUUUCAAUCCUUAUUGACAGGUCAGCGACUGGGGAGGACUGGCACAAAAUUAUGCUGAGCUGUUACAACAACGCUAAAUGUGAUCCUGCUGCCAACGAUGAUUACGGCCCAACUUGCGGCUCUACAGUUGGAGCCGUCAUAUUCUUUUGUUCGUUUAUUUUCCUGUGCAUGUUCUUGGUGAGUAGCCAUGGUAACGUCAAGCUGCAUAAACAUUGUUUGAUUAGCCUGUGUGGCUGGCUGGCGGGCCAGAGUGGGUGGAAUGGGGAGCUUAAGCAACGAGGAAUGAUGACGGUGGGGAAAACGUCUCUUUAAAAGUGAAAUCACGCUGUUCCAAAAUGUUGAUGAAUUAAACUGGAGUUGAGUUCUAAAGGACUUAAGCAAAGUUUUAAAAAGGAACUAGAAAAUCGUGGUCUUGUGUUCACGUCCUUCAGGAAAAGUGAAAUUAAGCAGUUUCACAUCGCAGUCUUGCAAGACGGCAAAGAAAUGUACAAAAAUCGUGCUACACGUGCAAAGUUGUUGUUUUGCUAAUCUAAACCUAUUACUUUUAUGACGCUCUCGUUGUCAUCGUUGUCGUUGCUUAGGCCCCGUCCACACGUAUCAGGAUAUUUUUGAAUCCGCAACUUUUUCUUUGCGUAUUCGGCUUCCGUCCACACGUAUCUGGUGUAUCCGACAUACGAAUCCACAAGUUUUUGAAUCCGCUCUCCAGAGUGGAAAUUUUUUAAUACGCCACGAAUCCUCAAGACGGUGCCGAGCCGAAUGUUAUCGCUGCUUUACUUCUUGGACUUCAGUUUCAAGUCUUAUAACGUGUAUGCUGUUAAACCUAGCUAUGAUUACUGUACACCUCAAUUAUGCUAAACGGCGACUCGACAUUUUAUAGCUUCUUUCCUUGUGUCACCCUCAGACGGACAAAUUGGACGUUGUAAACAUGUUAAGGGAGCGAAAAAGUGCUUGGUGAGAAAAUUUUGUCAGUGAAGAAGAUUGGCCAUAAAAUUUUCGCAUGAGCCGAAGAUCGCUUUACAAAUUAGCUGACGAACUGAGAGUGAAUACGGAUACGUGCGGACGUGGCUUUAAGCUCCAUAAUGCUUUUUGGUGGCGGAACCAUUGCGCGUGCGUACUGAGCGACAAAGCCACGAGGGAUUUCGCCGCGAAAGAUCUCAAUUUGACUCGUCACCAUUCUUCUAGUAGCUUUAUAGCCUUAACAAAAAAAGCACCCUUUGAGUGAAGCAGUCGCGCGUAGUUAAUCCUGCUGGCUACGCUUUAUUUACUUCCUGCCUUUGCGAGUUACCUUAUGGAAGAAGAAUUUACAAGAGUAUUGUUUUAAACCUGCUUCAUACCAGUAGAAAGGUAGGCUUCAAAAUUAAACCAUUUGCAGGUCUGAUAGCCUGGCGCGGGAUUCGCGGACGUCUUUUAUAUCUUGAGCAUUGUUCCUCGACGACACCCUGCUGUUAUAAGAAAAUACCGAAGAUUAUCGCGUUCAUCAGAACGCAUCCUAAUCUGGUGUUCCUGUGGCACUAAGGCAGACAUUCUCAAACUAUCACGGGCGACUGCAAAUUAGCCGCUGCUAUUAAUUUCAACAGGGGCACCUCGGCCGGGAAACUGGACUCCUUUCGACUGGAUUUCGUUUCCGUAAUUUUUCCAUAAGUGACGAACGCGGAUCCAUAAUCAAUGAUUACCUCUAGUUAUAUUUCCUGGCAUCUGGUGCUCUGCCUAAGUUAACCCUUGUCGAAUUGAAGCACAAGUCUUCGUGGAAGAGAUUAAUAUAGUGACGCUUAUCAUUGUUUAUUUGCCAGAUGCUUAAUCUUUUCGUGGCUGUCAUCAUGGAUAACUUUGAAUACCUUACUCGUGACGAGUCCAUCCUUGGUCCACAUCAUUUGGAUGAGUUUGUCCGCGUGUGGUCUGAGUUUGAUCCUGGUGCCAGGUCAGUAACAGACUAGUGACAAGGUACCGUAAAAUUCCGAAAAUAAGCCCCUCCAUGUAUAAGCCCCCCAAACCGGUAACGCAAAAAAAACCUCCAUUAAAUCGCCCCUCCAAAUAUAAGCCCCCCGGGGGCUUGUACUUGGAAAAUUGCCCUCAAAUACAAAGUACAAACAAGCAAAAACGGUAAAUUUCCUUCCAACUAUAAGGCUUGCCCAAUCGGGUUUGAAACGCAAAUUUCCCUCCGUAUAUAAGCCCCUCCAAAAAUAAGCCCCUCAAAAAGGGCCUUUGAAAAAUAUAAGCCCCGGGGCUUAUUUUCGGAAUCUUACGGUACAAUGUCCGAUACAUGCCUCCUCCCUUGGCUCGAUUUCCGCCGCUCUCUCGCUUCUUUCCGAUUAGAAGGGAGAGGAGCGCAGGCUCAUUUCCCGAACAGCGGCUGGUGAUCGACCGUGCAGCCUACCCCACAGGUUUUCCCAAAGCUUAGUAACCCUCCCUUCGCCCCCGUGUUUGUUAUCGGUCCUCUCCCUAAGCUUGCUCCGUUUUUUUUUCCUGGUAGUCCUGUUUUCUAACUUACAGUUCUAUCCGGAAAUGGCAGAUAAAUGAAUGUGCAUGUGCAUGUGCUACCACUUUAUUUAUUUACAAUAAUUUAUCUACUGGAUUUCUUUAAUUUCAGACAAAGCUUUGUCGUCAAGCAACACGUAACUCGAGCUCAUGAAAUAUCAUCGAGCCUUUAAUUAAAAGACUACUAACAUGUGUUAAUUCAAAGUAACCCAACAAAACAGUCUAUAAGAAGGAAAACUGAAAACUGGGUUAUAAUUACAACCUUUGGUUGGUACUUGUCGGCCUUCGACCAACUGGACCCUGCAUAUAUUUUGUAACGAAAGACGAUGUUUUAAAAUUCACUGUUUUUACUACACAGCGGGAGUGUCCACCAUAGCGAAAUUUACAGGGUAAUGUGUAGUAUGUCACCCCCAGUUGGCUUUGGCAAGAAAUGUCCAAAGAUAGUUGGUUACAAGGUAUGAGAACUAUAUCGUAACUGCAUGUGUUGACUCUGGGGAUUGAAGUCUGUUUUAUUUUCCCUUUUAAACGCGGCUAAAAUGCAUAUGUAAGAGUAUCCCCUCCGCCCCCAACCCCAGAACGGAAGAAGACGAAAAUUAGCUUGCUCGAAUGAAAUAACAUUCAGUUCUCCUUUUCUUUACCUCCAAAUUAAAGUGCUCCCCGAAUUUUCUUCUAUUUUUUUCAUUUUUUUGGAGUCGGGUGCAGAGUUUUGGCGCUUUUUCUAAUGCUCUCUGUUUGCAGUUUUUCAUUUGCUUGUUUAUGGAUCCAGUCUUUGCUUUCGUUCCAUCAUCCACGUGUAUAAUGUCUUGGGUACUUGUGCAAGGAAAAUAUCCAACCUAGCCUAGGACCAGGCUUCCUCGUGGGGGAAAAAGCAUAAAAAGGGGGUGAAACAGCAAUGAAAGCUGUGGACUGGGGAGGGGAAAGGGCGACGGAGCUCCGCCACCCUCCUCAGACUUCCUCUCGGCUCGCUUCGCUCCUCAAUUAUUUCGCCUUUUCCCCCACAGCGGAGCCUAGUCCGAGGCUUAUCCAACCCAGUUCUCAUUUCUUUCUCGCGUUUUGGUCGGUGUAGCCGCUGUUCUGUAUAAUGGUAAUCAUCGUUAUUGAUGUCAUAUUUUUCUAAAAGUCGUGUUUUUUUUACCAGCGUCUGAUCAAGAUGAAUAUGCCACUAAACGAAGAUAACACUGUCUCAUUCAGCACCACGUUAUUUGCUCUCAUUCGAACAUCGUUAAACAUAAAGUUGCGUGGAAACAUGAACGCAAACGACACAGAGUUGAGGAAAAUGAUAAAAAAUAUCUGGCCAAAAACCUCUGAAAAGGUGCUGAAUAAACUGAUCCCUAAACAGUCAGGUAAGUGGAGACUUCAUGGGCAGGGUAUUUUGCGCCGCUUCCCCUAAAUUUGUGGAAUAAUUCACCUAAUAACAUUAAAAGCAGUAGAACGCUGGACAUUUUGAAGGUUUUAUCGACUCUUUAUUGAAGUCAUUUAUUUUAAGGACGCUUUUAAUUUUAAGUUAUUGUAAUGCCAGGCGAUCAUCUAUCCAUGAAGCCUGCGCAAUAUAAAUGCAUGUCUCUUAUUAUUGUUAUUAUUGUUAGUGUGGCUAGCUACCAAAUGUCUUUUUAAGUACUGUUACUUCCAACAUUUUGUUUUGCCCCAGAAAAAUGGGCGUGCAAACCCUUCGAGUCCCGAUAUCUGCGUACAAAUUCUUUCUCUUUUGUGAUCAUUUUAUUUAUUCUCAUAACGUUGUCUCUUGAUGAUGUGUGGGUGUUGUUAGGAGAAAAUUGAUGUUGGUCGUUGACUAUUUAUUUUUUUGUGCAGUUCUUAGUUGUCAACAGAUGACCAUAGGAAAAAUUUAUUGUGCAAAACUUAUACACGAGAAUUACAAGUACUUGAAAAGAAAAGGCAUGCCGACAGAACGGGUAAGUACCAGGAACAAUAACAGCAAAAUAUUUCUCUCAGUUGUUAUAAGUAAGGCCCGGACUGAAAGGAGACUGGGUAAAAGAAAGAAGGAGUAAAGGAGAUUCUGACGUCACAAUUGCAAGGCAUUUCUCGUUCUUUGAUUGGUCAGAGUAGGUCGCAUAAGGUCAACCUCGUCCCCAGGGCUUUUCCCUUGAAAAAUGGUUGGGGCGGGAAAAGGCCCUGGCAUCGGCUGGUCACGUGUUCUCUCGUACACCCUAAAAUCCUGGGUGUAAUAAAUUAGCGCUAUGUGAAAAGCUAAAAUUAUGCGCAACUUCACACCCCGCGAUCUUGGGCGGCCUCUUAUAUAUCUUGACGAUUAACGAAAAGUUUUACAAGAUUUCCUUUUUGUCACAGAUACUGGCUAAAGUAUUUUUUUGCUUUCCUCCGAUGUCUAUGAAGGGGACAGCGAGUAACAUUUAUAACAACGUUUAUAGAGCGAUAUAAGUACAUAUAAAUGACAAACAAGCUAUCGUACAUGCAUAAAGUUUGUACUGGAAAAGUCCGUUUUCGUGACUCUUCUCAUAUUUUAUUUCAUUUCUCGCGAAGUGGACCGCCGUACACAGCCUAGUUCUAUUUACCUUAACUCUUUAGCCAUAUCAUAGCGACACGCCUUGGUUUAGACUAAUCUUGUAUGACCUGUAUGUUUAAAAAAUUAAUUGACCUCUGCGAUCAAACGACUGGCAACAAAGAAAGACUUUGGCCGAUUUAAAAUUCACAGUGCUGUAGUUGAUUCCAGUCGAUCGGUCAAUCUUCCCUUUAAUAUAAGGAAAAUCCUUUGUACUUAUCCUCGGAAGAGAAAAGAUAUAAGAGGUCUUCAAAUGUUUCAGAUCGGCGACCUGUCAUCGUUCCUGGCUGGAGGGCUGACUUGCAUCCGGUGCGGAGAUUUGUUUGUUUCAUGGUCGGUUUGUAGAGAAGACCAGACUCCAUAAAGCAUUUUGAUGAACAAUUCUAUUUCAAUUAAGUUCAAUUUGUUUAAAUUCACUGCAGAUCCUGUUUGACAUUGGACAAAAUCAUUUCCGCUUGAUCGUACAGUAAUUCCACAGUCACGAUGAAUUUCUGAAGUACUACUCGAUAACAGCUUGUCUCAACUCUGAAGCAUUUGACAUAUUUUGUACGUGACAACGUAGAGCCGGUACGCCCUUUCAUAAACUUGUAGCAUUUGAAUAAUACGCAAUUAAAUGGAUCUUAGGCUUUUGAAUCGCACACACGCCAAAAUAUUGACAUAUCUCGCGAUGCUAUUAUUUUCCAUUGUUGCUCCGUUCGACUUCUGUCAGCACAAAACCAGUGGGUUGCAUAUAAAUUAGCUUCUCAGGAAUAUUUAGGUUGUGCACGUGACCAGCCGAUGCCAGGGCCUUUUCCCGCCCCACCCAUUUUUUAAGGGAAAAACCCUGGGGACGAGGUUGGCAUAAGGUGUUUCCAGUUUCCUUAUGAUUUCGAAGACUAUUUUUUAAUGAUUAAAAUACAUUUAUUUUUCAUUCGCCGGCCAAUAAUUUAAAUCCAUACGUUUCUUUAUUUUUUAAGACUGAAAGGAGUUACGAAAGAAGCACCAAUCACUCUAAGGUUUGCUUUUUGUUUGUUUGUUUUGUUUUAUUUUUGUUUAUUUGUUUGUUUCUUUUUUCGGGGCUGGAGCAGAAGGGAAAUCCAUCAUAAAAGGCUUGUACGUCGCGAGCUGUCUUGUCUGUGUAGAGCAUAAAAUCAACUUAUUUUGCUUCUUGUUUAAACAGGGAGGACUUUUCUCUAAGUUGGUGGGAUCACUUCGGCGAAACAGGCGGAAUACGGACGACAUUGAGCUCGGGGAUGUGGAAAGACUAAGGGACAGAGCCUAUACCACUGAUGCGAGACUCAACUUGGCACGGUAAGCAAAACUCAGAUACAGUGAAACCCUGUUAAUGUUACCACUGUUGAGUCAUAAAAUCCUGGUCGUAAUAACGAGAUGAUCGUAUUAACGGGAUCUUCAAUAUUUAACAAUUAUUCUUCGAGCCCGAAUGGGUUCUGAGUCAAUAGCCCAUCAGGCCGAAGGCCGAAUGGGCUAUUGACUCAGAGGCCAUUCCGGCUCGAAGAAUAAUUGUUUUAGUAAAAUCCAACUAGCUGGUCAAAAAUAUCGAGACAAAACAACUUUAGCUGGUUAAAGCUAGACUUUAAUCCUUUUUUUGCCGCCAAAAAGCCGGCGCUUUCGCUACUAGUGGGCUAUAUAACCAUUGUUUCUUACUUUUGAGUCGAAAGAUUGUGGUGAUUGUGAUCACGCGGUAGUCGUAUAAAGGGGGUGGUCCCUAAGGCGAGAUCCCUACGUAACAAGAGGCAUGUCACAGUGGGUCAGAGUUUUAAUCAGUAACUAAGCAUCCUUUUUUUAUGAACGUAAAUGAAAAUUUGAAGUGUCUCUGUAGUGGAACAAUGAACCACAGUUAUUUUAUAAUUGAAGUUUAGAAAACACAGGAAGCAUUUAGUAAUAACAAGAUGGCUUUAUAUUUUUAACUGAAACCCUAAUACGUUAUUGGGAGUCGCCAACAAAAACGCACAGUUCCAGUGAAUAAAUCUUCCAAAAAGUGAAUAAUUCCAAAUUAGAUAGUUAAUUUAGAAAACACACUGUUCAUAGGUGUGGUAUAUAUUGAACUUGUUCAAACUAUGCGUUUUAAGAUCAUGUGACGUUUCAUGCAUGCUUGGAAAGUGUUUAAAGUCGGUAUAUAAAGUGUCCAGUUUGCGUUCUACUGAGUUUCUCUUUGACCAUGUCUUUGAAUAGGUCUGGGGGGUAGAGAAAACACCAAAGGAAAACAAAAAAAGAUCAUCCUUUGGGAUCGGGACUCUCCGCAAAUAGUAGAUAGUAGGUGUAAUAAAAUGUCUCGCAUCAAAAUGUGUGAGAUUGAUGAUGAGCCGUUCGGACGAGAGCAAGACCCGGAUUAAAUUGCUAGGGAGUGCAGCUAUUUCUCAACCAAGUGGUGUUUGCUCGAGUCGUUACUAUAGUCGCGCAUGCGAAGUACCACCAUUAAAGUCGAGAGUGUGUGAAAGAGAAACGACCCUUCAGAUGCUGCGCAACAAAUAUGGAAGUAGCUCAAAGAAGAAACGAACUUUACUGAAAGUAAUCAUUGCCACUACAAAUCUUAUCGCUAUGCGUUUUAUUUUUUCAGUGAGAGAAGUGAAGAGUCAUUGCAAGGUUCGAUCGGCCCUCUUCCGUCUCGUAGUUCUGAUCAUAAUAUUGGGCCCUCUCCCUUAAAAUUUUGGAUCUGAUAUUCAUUUCCAGAUAAAGUGAACUCUUACAAAUAGAGAAUAUAUGUUAUGUGAAAACAUGGAGUCAAAGAGGACGGGCUCCAAACCUAUAUUAGCUUUAUGACGUCAGACGACGCGCAUGCGCAAAGACAGGCAAUACAACGUCAGGAACCUUUUAAAGGUCACGCUCUUAACAGUAAACGACUUGUUUGCCUUGGAUCAGAUUGUUCAUCCAUGGAACUGGCUGCUCCUAAUAAGGAUGUCCUUUGCUUUGGUUAUCUGAAAGAAGGAAAUACUUGCGUUUAAUACGGCGUACAUUCCUACUGCAUGAAUGACAUUGUCAAUCGUUUCGCUGUCCAUUAUGGGUAUAUAAAUCAUAACCACAGACAAUCAAUACAUAUCGGCUUGAACCCUAUCGCGAUCAAGGAAAGAAAUGUUUCCACUCCCGGUUUGCAUUGCCUUGCAAUACACGAGGUGAAACGAGAAAAAAAACUUGACCAAAGAAAUGGUCUUUAUAUAGCGGUCGAGAGCUGCAACAAGAUCUGACUUGAUCUUAUAGAAGCGUCAUUUUCGCUUUGGUCAAUACAAACAGGUGUCGUCGAACAUUCAGAUGCCACUACGCUGACACAGGGCUUCCUAGAGCGUUCAGACAUGCUUUGUAAUUUUUUGCUGUCAGACUAUAAAAAAAUUGUACGGAAGCUUGGUUUUUCAUAGUUGUGUUUAGAUAGUACAUGAGGUCGGUAUGCCCCCGCGGGACUCCGCACCCGGGUGCAAUACCGAGGCGCACCCACGGCUGGAGACUGAGCCUAGUAGGAGCUCAAACCAAUACAUAUUCAUACAUGGAUCUCGCUUUAUCAAGAAAGAAAUGCAACCUGUAGUUGACGCAAAGAAGCUCACAGCGACCAGACCCCAAUAUGACAGAGAUUGAAAUAAGAAUUCCUACCUGUUUAGUACAGUCCAUACUCCACAAUGGAGGCGUGUGGGGUUCAAGCCUCGCCCGUCGCGUUGUUUCCCCAGACAAGGAACUUUACUCCACUUCGUCUCUCUUCACCCAGGUGUAUAAAUGGGUACCGGCGACACACUGCUGGGUGGGGGUAGGGGAGGGGGGGGGGUUACCCUGCGAUGGACCAGCAUCCCGUCCAGGGAAGAGUAGCAAUACUCCUAGGCAUGCGUCAUGCUAAGGAAACCGUUUGGGCCUUUUGUUCGUGUGCACCUUUACAUUUUUAUCAAUACUCCACAAUGGUUUAUUUCUAACCGGCCUUAAUGCACCUCAUACCAACCCCAUGAACAGUAUUUAAAUUUUCUGCCAAUUAGCUAGUUGUCUGUUUAACAUUACGUAUAAACAUUAGAAAAGGCUCGAUGAACGAAAUGAGUGUAUCAUCGAUUUCUACCGAUUGAUCGAUACAAUCGAUAUCAAUUAAAUCGAAUUUACCGAUUUUUAUCGAUGAACUAAUCCGGGACCACCACCAACAAUAGUUUCCCCAACACCAAGGUCAUCCUACAUUUCUCUCUCCCAACCCAUCUGCCCAGCGACCCACCAACCGAACCAGGUACUAGCACUCCCACUCUUAUCUUCCUACCAAUCUAACUACCUACCUGCUUACCUGCCUACCUACCUACCUUCCUACCUAACUACCUACCCAUCUUCCUGCCUAACUACCUACCUACCUGCCUACCCACCUGCCUAUCUUCCUACUUACCUACCUACCUGCCUACCUACCUACCUACCUGCCAACCUUCCUAUACCUACCUACCUUCAUGCCUACCUACCUACCUACCUGCCUACCUACCUACCUACCUGCCAACCUUCCUAUACCUACCUACCUACCUUCAUGCCUACCUACCUACCUACCUGCCAAACCACCUACCUACCUCCCAACCUUCCUACCUACCUACCUACCUACCUGCCUACCUACCUACCUAUUUACCCACCUACCUACCUGCCUACCUACUUACCUUCCUGCCUACCGUCCUACCUGCCUUCCUGCCUAACUACCUACCUACCUACCUACCUACCUGUCUACCUACCUACCUAUCUACCUAUCUAGCUAUCUGUCUAACCUAGCCUCAUUACUUCCUACCUAUUCAGCCAACCAGUUGGCCAACUUAUAUUCUACCUUCGACCAUCCUCACUAAUCAUUUACCAAACCAACUACUUGUGUACUCACUAAGUCGCUCAUCUACCUUUUCCUACAUACCUGUCUUCCUACUCAAGUGCAACAACCUACCAUCCCCACCUUCUGUCAACCCUACCUAUCUGACCACCAGGGUUCUCUACCAUUAGCCUAAGAAAACAGCCGACAUUUCGAGACGCCACCAUUGGUUUCCCGCCGUCUGAGAAACAAGCGAAGAAAUUCCAAACUGAUGAUGUCACUACCCAGAUCUGGGUAGGGCUUCUGAUUGGCUGAAGCAAAUUUCCAACUCGGCACGACCAAUCAGAAGCACUACCCAGAUCUGGGUAGUGACGCGUCAUCAGUAUGGAAUUUCUACGCUCGUUUCUCAGACAUCAUUUCGCGGGGAAACCAGUGGUAGCGUCGCAAAAUUUCGGCUGUUUUCUCAGGCGUCUCUACUAUGCAUUGCAGACCAAAAUGCAAACUCACCUGAAUGUGAAUAGACAAAAUUAAUCUUUUUUGCCUUGUUGGUAGUAAAAAAGACUCGUAAAUAUGGUCCUCACAAUCGUUUUGUCAACAAAAGCAGCGAGACGGAGUCGGGAGUCGUAACCGGGAUCGCAGGAGUCCUUAUGACCCAGUAAAAAACAAAAAUCGGAGUCUUAAAUCAGAGUUAUAAACCUGAUAGAAUUCGAGUCGUAAGAAUCAGACUCCGUCGCUUACAAUCUAGUGAAAACCAGUCAAAGUCUAUUAUGUGGACGCAAAGCAGAUAGUGAAGAUACGAGAUCUUGGUAAACAAGGCAAUUAGGUUCCCGAGCUUAUAUGAAGAGGCCCUUAUUUGGUAAACUACGUACGUUACUCUUUAUUUCGCUUUGUUUGUUCUGUGAAUAUUAAGUUCUUUCAGAGUAUAUAUCCCUUGUUUUAUAAGGCAUUUCCGUACACAAAAGCUGCUUAAGAGGCGGAAAUCAAAAACUAAAGCAACGGCAAGGUGAAACAUUGCAUGCUAAUCUUUUCUCUGCCCGCACCGUCUUGAACUUGACAUCAUAAUUGUCCAGUGGAGCUCGUCCCAUUUUCUUGGACGUCUAUAUAUUUUUGAAACGAGGUCGUGAAUUGAAUACAAACAUCCCGCAGCUUGAGUGCUGUGGUCAGCGGAAAAAUGCCUUUAAUGAAUGGAGAGGAACUUCAGAAUCGAGAAUGAUACGAAAACUAUCAAAUUUCGGAGUUCUCAAGUCUAGUUAGAGAAUUACCCAGAAAAUUAUGGCAUUUUCUCAGAGAUUAAUGAAUGUAAUUAGUCCUCGCGUCGCACAAAGCCUCCUGUUUCUAACCGAGAGCCUUCUAGCAGUAUAUAAUAAUUUGUGCCUUGCACAAUAAUACUGAUAUUCACAUUUUUAUCUCGACACAGGUUUAUUCAUAUCCCUACUUAAAAUUACCGUGUGCCGUAUCUUGGCGCUCGCCAUAACUUUAACGUUGGAGUAAUAACCACCGAACAACUUUCGAGACAAGCUAAGUGAGCGCAGGUGUUUUUAUGAUCGUCUUCAUGUAGUUAAUGGAAGUACUGUCUUAAUUCCAUAUGUUUUUUCGAACUUUGUUAAGAAGGAUCUUCUCGCUGAAUGGAUUUAAAUGUAAAAAUAUCAGGUGUAACCGAUAUUUAAAGAAAAUUAAAUGACUCAGAGAAAUGCGUUUUCCGAGUUAUGUUUAAAUCCAGUUUCAAGACGUUUGGGCAACAAUUAAUAAGGCCAUGCCCAUCAACUGCUUCGAUUCCAAUUGCCCGACCUUCCGACCGAUCUAACUUUUUGGAAAAUGAAGCUAAACAAAAAUUAAAUAUAAAUAUGAAAUAAAUAAAUAAAAUUUGUCAUCCAAUUAAUCCAAGAUCACAAGAUCCUUUUUUGUGUUUUAGUUCGAGCAGGUUUCACUUUGGAAACGAAAGAACAAAACAUUCUGCCAAUUCUUCCUGGUGGUUAAACAUUCACGCGGCAGGAAUCACUUGGAAAAACAAAAACCCGUAGCUGGUUUCCGACUUCAACGAAAGAGGGACGAUGGGUAACGAAACACUUUAUGAGACUUUUAUGAGCAUGGCCUAUCUACCUUUUAGUGGUUUUUGCAAAGCUGGUGAGUUCGGAUAUAUUCACACUAUACAGCCUGAACUUGUCGUACCGACACGAAAAAUUAUCGGGUGUAGUAUGAACACCUAUCCGAUCGAUAUGUGACUCUGUACUUCAGAGAUCGGCACGGUGUCUCUUCGCUCCGUUACAGAAAUCGCGCCGAAAUCAAUAUUCUUAUGUGUGAACAGAGAAGCCCUGUGUGGUAUGGUUUUAUCGUGCCGGAGUGUUAGCGUAGCCUAAGUAAGCAGUUGUGUUGUGUUCGUUCUUCAACGACUCAAUGGCAAUAGGACUGCGGGCAGAUUUUGGUACAGCACUUAUUGUCAUAGCUCUCUAGCAAUAACAUACAGCUCCUUAGGGUUAGCCAUGCAUGUCUCUGUUACACAUUGUAGGAACUUUCCGAAUUAAAUGUAGAUAUCGUACAUAAGCCCGAGACAUAUCUGAGAGGAUCAAUAAAUGUAGCUGGUUGAUGAAGUUCUGAAAAAUGAAACAUGAUUGACUUUUCAUUCGUAGUUCAAUUUUUAUUAUUCCCUUGAAAAAUGCUGCAGGCGAUUCCCGCCUCCUACUGCGGGCACUUCUGCUUCAACAAUUGUUAUUUUAAUUAAACUUACUGAACUUGUAAGUGGGGCAAAGAAAACACGGUUGAUAUCUUAGGUUGAUAAAUAUAUAAAUUUCCGUUUAUCCGAUUGCAGAGAUGUGUUUUAAUUAAGGACAUUUCUAACAUGUGUCAACAUGUGCACAAGCGCCACAGCCGUGCCAAAAUUCAGCCACUUUAUCAAAGAUUAUGCCUUAAAAGGAGAGAAUCCUCAUUAUUUACAGUAAAAUGGGCUUCAAAUCGUAGCGUAAUACAAAACCUCAGAAGGCAAAAGAAAAGAUUUUGGAAUAAGGUUUUUACCUUACGUGAAAAUUAAAAGCAAGACCAUCGAAUCUUACUGAAACUGAACAAACGAAAAUAAAUGAAAACCUGUGGUGUAUUAAAUGAAUAUUAAAAAGCGCAAUGCUUACACUUUGAAAUUGUAAUUUGCUAGAAUUCUUUGUUUAUUUUGUUCAGUGCUGACUGCAUUAAAGCUGUAGGAUGCGCGAAUGAAUUAUUAUUAUCAAAAUUAAAGUCUAGAAAGAGUCUUGACAAAUUGUAUUCUAUGAUGUUAUACCUCGUAACACAGAAAUCAGCUUAACAUUAUCUUACAAUGAAAAAAAAAGAUAUUGAAAUAAAAAUCGAAUUGAGUGGCCAACCCCGCGAGAAACGUUGCGGUAGAUAAAUUUUAUACUAUUUCAAAUAACUUAGAGAUUGUGUUUUUCGUGUAGACAGUUUGAGUGCACUCAGUUUCAUUUCCUUUAAUAUAAUUUUAGUUCUUUUGGUAAUUUUGUCAGUAAAUUAAACUUUAGAAUUUUUGCGUAUUUUCAAACACACCACUCACCUCAAAGAAUCGUAGGUCCUUUCUUGUCCUGUUUUUAACCUUUGGUAGUAAAAUAAUUAUUCCGGGAUAAUUUUGCCUCCCACUCGUCGACUGCGGUAAAAAGGAAUAAGAGAAUAUGCAUGCAGUGGUUUUCUCCAUCCAUCGUUUGACCUGAGAACUGAAACUCAACCGAAGCAGGUGAAAUCGUUGUGUAAAUUGGUAAACUCAGUACAUCAACCAAAAGUGAUCUGCAUAAAUAAUAAAUGUUGCUUUUUCAUCAAAGCAUAUAGCACUCAGUUGAUGGAUUGCUAUAACACAUCUCUGUCAUUGGUAAUGGCGCAAUUAAACUACAUACUGGAGCGGGUUGCCGUGCUGGCGGCGGGUUGGAUAGCUACGAAUAGCUAUUAAUGUAUGCCACGUCUCGUCAAGUCUGUACAAUUCUCGUAUAUUUAGUUUUUUGGAGAAUGUUGUGUUGUGUUUUGUCGGAUCCUUUUCUGUCCCUUGUCAAGAAAAUCUUAUUCUUUAUUUCUUAAUCCCCUAGUCCUCUCCAGUCGCUUUGUUGACGGGCGUUUCUUUGUGUCAACCGAGAAUAAAAACAAUCUGCUUUUUCAUUGAUCAGUGGAAAUUAGUAUUGUUGUUUUUUCAAUUGUCAGAUAUGUAUGACAAAGGUACAUGUAAUUGUUUGUGGCACCAUCUUAUGAUAAUUUCUUUGAGCAUAUAACAAUAAAGAAAGGUCGAAAGAAAAAUUUUUUCUAAUGGAAAGUACAGGCCUGCUAAUUCUGUUUGGACGCGCGUUUCUACUUGUCCUGUUAGCCAGGACAGAACUAGAAUCCCUAGGCUUUUACGUGUCGCUGAAGACUCGACGUUUUGCAUAACCAACCAUUAUAUUAGUAUUGAAGUUGAUUUUCCAAAAAUAGAUACAUGGUAAAGAAACAAGUGCAUAUCCACUCUGAAUAGGGGUAAAUAUGUUAGAAAAAAUAUUAGACACUAUCAAAAGUUUUCUUAUGUCAAAACAUGACAAAAUAAUGAUCGAAGGUAUAAGAAUGUUGUGUAUGAAAGUCGACGAAUGCUUAGUCUUCAUAAGUCUGUAAUGUUUGCGAAGUUAAUCUUUAUGAUAUUAAUACAGUGUCAUCUUGGAUUUAGAAUCUGUCAUUUAAAAUGCCAUGUCUGUCAGGUGGACUGACCAAAUGACACCCAGCGGCGUAGCUACCUUUAAUCCAUUAAGCCAGGGCUUAACAGGAAUUUGAGACAAAAAUAAGUGCAGGUUAUCAUGUGUUCAUAAAACAAUUUAUAUGACAUUUACUACUCGAUCGAACUAAAAAUGGGAAAUUCUAGAGCCGAUAGUCUGCUGUUUGCAACAUCAUUUACUGUCUACAGAGAGCACUGACUUUUUCCGUACUGAAAACUCCACCUAUAUUGCUUGAAGUUAUGUUUCCCGUUCUCUCGCUGUUUCUGUUUCUCGAUGAGCUGGUCCAAGGCCCCACCGCUUGUUCCCAGGCGGUGGAGGUCUAUCCCAGGCGACAGAUAAUCUACAUCUUUUAUAGCCUUUUUUUAGAGUUUCAUGAGAAGAUUACAGAGACGCUUGCGAAGGCAGAGAUCAUUCAGUACCAAAAGGGGGGUAAAAACGUACAUGCCAUCCACGAUGCUUUCAUCCUUAGUCUUUUUUAGCCGUAUAGAGAAAUGCCCAUUGACUGCGAAAGAGUAAUCGGCGUUUGUCACACAAAAUGAAAUGAAAAGAAUUGCGGUGCUAUUUACAAACCGUACUUUGCAGAGUGUGAUUGAAGGUAAAUUGACGAAACAGCCAUAACAUUUCAUUUCAGAUUUAAAAAACAUGCUAGCAUCACAAGCGUUUCAAUCACUGCGGUCGAUGACUGACUUUGAUCAUACCUUAGAUUUUUAUAAGCGCAAUAACCGUUUUAUUUUUAAUCCGAGAGGAAACCUUUUUCUAUUGUGGUUUAACAUGUGCUCAUGGACCAUGUAACUACAAAUAAAGGGAAACAACAGCCUUUUUCCUUCUUCAAAGGGAUUUCGCGCUGCCAUUUUAUGAAGCGCUGGGAUUAGAUGAUCGUAAGAGAACCUGGCCAUUGGAAUGGCAAAAACUGGAGUAGAUUAAUAGUGUAUUUUAUGACUGAUGAAAACACUGACCUCUCUCUCUGCUAUCCACGCCCUAAACUGUUUAAUGAGUAGUUGAAUGUUUGAGUCAAACCUCGUGUCUCUCCUUUCAGAAAUAUUCCCAGACGACCCAAUUCGGAAUCUGAAGACGAUGCUCCAUUUCGUAAACGACGUAGUAGUUGGGGUCCAAGUCCGAAGUUAAAUGGAGAUGUCAAAAAAAAUGGACGGCAAGUACGAACGUCCCACUAAUGCUGCUAUUUUAGCUCAUAGCACAUAUUUUUAAUGUCUAGGAAAGGUAUGAAAACGCCUGCUCUGUCUCUUGUAAAUCCAUCACUCGUUCGGUCUUGUCUUUCACUUAAGCCCAUUUAACAACUGAUUGAAGUCGUAAAGCAAAGGUAAAACGGACAACAAAAAUGUGCGAGCUGUUUUAGUGCAACCUUGCUGGAAACGAAUUGAAAAGAGAUGUUGCACGUUUUGCCACCCACGUUCAAAUCUGUCUUACAACCAGUCAGGUGAAUACUGACUCCUUAUUGGAUAAAAUUACGUGGGAGUCACGCCAUACACGGGAUUUACGUUACGAGCUCAAAACAAGUUUCCUUUGGGCCUGUAAAACGCGCAACGUGUACAGCUUUUGUUGCAAAAUGUAGAACGUCUCUCUGUUUUCUGCAACAACUUUUCGCAACCUGCAAACUGGUUUGUUGCAGGUUUGAUUAGUGGGUGGUAAAUCGCGCAAUUUAGCAUUCAACUCGUUUAAAUGUUGCAAUAGAAGUUGCACGUUAAUUUUUGCCUCCCGUCUUACCGUAUCUUAGACGUGUCAUUGUCAGCAUACAUUGGACUGGUUACGUGGUCAUAUUAUCGAGCUUUCACAAAACGAGUCAGUUUUGGGUCGUUUUUGCUCUGUUUUGUUAAACAUUUUGUUUUCACUACUAGUCUUACCCAGACCCAUCCCGUGCUGUAAUGGAGGUACCUUGUAGUGUAGCCGUACCCAGUGUAGCAGAGAACUUCAGGGAACAAUCCGUUCUUCCAUCUACUUAUCUAACACCGACGAGGCGAAGGAGUGAUAAAGGUAGCUUUGUAAACAGAAUGACUUCAUAUCUAAUUCUCUAACGAGUCUCUAAUGUUGCUGAUCAGUUCCUCCUAUUUGUAAUGAUCCUCAGAGAACUUUUGACUCAGCGGCAAUCAAGAAUAGUUUUGUUAGCCUAUGGGGAGAGGAGAGGAAAGACCGGUAGGGGGUGGGGAAUUUGGCUCCCUCUCCUUUUUCCCUUAUCUUUUCGUUUUGCGCCUGCCACUAAGCCAAAGUGUUUUUUUUGUUUUAUGAGAGCUGCUGUCAAGACGGGUUACACCGCACACUUGACCUUUGCAGUUGCAGAUUCAACCAGACAAAGCUUGUUGUUACAUAAAGCUGAUUUUACAUGUGCAACCACCAGUACUUUCAAAAACUGUGCCUAAUUUGGCCAAUAGUGGUGUCUUUGAAAUGUCAAAACUUUUAUCUCCCCUCCCACAACUGAUAGAGCUCUAGGAAUUUGACGAUCAUAAUCAGGGAUUAGAAACGUGAACGACAAAUUAACAUUGGAAAGUAGAAGGACGAUUUGGAUUUCUAUUUGAAAGGUGUUUUGCUGUGAGGCGCAGUGGAGUAGGAAAGUGGGUAGUUUUUUAAUUUUGAAAAACUCAACAUUUUUGCUCAGCUUUUCUACGUCUUAAACUUGCAGUUUCUCGACUUAAAGAAGGAGCCUCUCUAGAUCUUGACAGUUCUAGUGACAGUGAUACUGGAGUGGACGUGGAUCAAGAUCGUUCAGAUCUUAGGAGGGAUCCAUAUUACGACAAUAUGAUAACAAGAAUAAAUAGCCAGUUGGCGGCAGCAGUUGCCCGCGGCACGAGUCCUUAUGUUAUAUAUGGGAUGGAAGACGAUGAUGCAGAUGAUUGGUGUUAAGAAAUAAGUGCAGUACUCUUCAAAAUCAGCAUGCACUUGAUAGUGUCCAGUAACAGGUCGCCAGCUGCUCCAGACUAUAGUGACAAAUGAAACAUACAGCAAAAUACUGUGAAAGCUGCUUAAACGCGUAAUGCCGAGACUAAAUCGGAUCACCCCGUUUACAUGGUGAACAGAGAACUACAACAGGCAUCUCAAACACCGCACGUGCAUACAGAAUCUGUUCGUUUUUAUUGCUAAACGUUAAGGUUGAAUUUAAUGGUCCUUACAACCUGGGAAUACGAUUCGGUUCAACUUAUUUAAGUGUUGAUGAAAACCGUGGUUACCUUAGACGAAUCUACAGCAGAAUUAAGACAGACAUUGCUGUUUUGGAGUGAUCAAAAUAACGCGUUAAACGCUUCAGUAAAGGAUUCAAUAGCGGAGACUUUCAGUUGUACAAUGAAACGUUUUUUCCAUUGCAAGACAUUCUCUGCAAGAAUUUGUGCUCCAUUUCUGCUCAAAGACGGUUUGAAGAAAAUCUUUUGUUUUUAAGAUAAUAAAUUCUUUUAAGUUAUUUUAAGUAGACAAGAAUAGACAUGGAUAUUAUAUUCUUUCGCGCGGGUCACAAAGAGAAAUUAAUAUUAGGAAGAUGCAAGAAAGGAUGAGCUACAACUGGUUCAUCGCUCUUGACAGAUGUUAGGAGUUAUAUAAACUAAACUAAUCAAAAAUGUUUAAAUUAUUCCGAACCAUAUUCAUACCGGCAAAGUCUAAUAUAUACAGUUUUAACAUAUGUAAUGUAAUGCAUGUAUAUUUGGGAAAAGAACAUAAAUGUAAUCCUUAUUUUGUAGUGUUCCAAAUGAUUUGCUCCGCUUUUAUACAUUCAGUAUGUCUUCUAAUAAUAGUGCAACAAAAUAACUUGGAACGACCGCUUUGUUUUUUUUUCAAUUUUUUUCAUUUUCGUGUCACCGCUAUGUGGUUAGUACUGACGAAAUACUUAACAGUGCGGUUUUCACUUGACUGUCGAAAGUAAUUGAGGAAUUGGUUUGGUUUUGGUUUUACUACGCCCUUUGGUUGGCUAGUGUAUUUACUUUGGUUUUGGUUUUACGACAGUCAAGUGAAAACCGCUCUA